AUAUCCACGUCAUUUCUGUCCGACAAAAAACAAAAUAUUCUUUCCCAAAAAUUCCAACUUCUCCCUCCAAAGUCCAACCACCCUCAAUUGACCUUCUCUCAUCUCUCUUCAUCUUCCAUGGAACAAUUUAUUCAUCAAUGCCAUCUCAAAACCCUAGGAUUUGAUCCCUACUAUUCUCUUAUCUUGACCAGAUUCUGAUUUUUCAACUUUUUUAAAAAAAAUUGAUUGAUUUUCCGAUGGAGAUUCCGGCGAAGUUGAUUAUGAGAAUGGCGUUUGAUUCACUCGUGCCGUCGUUGUGGGAGAUUGAAGUUACUUUUGCUGCGGCUGUUUUUGUGCUUCUUACUUAUUGGUACUUCACUUUUGUUGAUUGCAAGACUACUGGAUUUGCUGCUUCUUGCGAUCAUGUUGAUGAUAAUGACAAGAUUGGUCAACUGAAGUUUGAUACUCAAACUCAUUCAGGAUAUUUGAUUAAGGUUGGGCUUUUGGCAGCGAAAAAUCUUGUUGCUGCAAACCUCAAUGGCACUUCAGAUCCCUAUGCCAUUGUGACUUGUAGUACAGAGAAAAGAUUCAGUUCAAUGAUUCCUGGUUCAAGAAAUCCCAUGUGGGGAGAAGAAUUUAACUUUCUUGUUGAUGAGUUGCCCAUCCAGAUUAAUGUAACUAUAUAUGACUGGGACAUAAUUUGGAAGAGUGCCGUUCUUGGUUCAGUUACAGUGUCUAUGGAUUCGGUGGGUGAAACUGGUGCAGUAUGGCAUCCUUUGGAUAGUUCUUCAGGAAUGGUUUGUCUGGACAUUAAGGCUAUUCCUUCAAACGCUUCCAGGGCUUUAAAUGGUUGUGGUGGAGGCAAUGCUCGCAGGAGGAUGUCUGUCGAUAAACAAGGAGUAAAUGACAAGGAAGAGCCGAUGGUUGUUAGACAAAAACCUGGGCCUUUACAAACAAUAUUCAAUCUUCAUGCUGAUGAGGUUGUCGAGCAUAGCUAUUCUUGCGCGCUGGAAAGAUCAUUUUUGUAUCAUGGUCGUAUGUAUAUUUCUGCAUGGCACAUUUGUUUUCACUCAAAUGUGUUUUCUAAACAUAUGAAGGUUAUUGUCCCCUUUGAAGACAUAGAUGAGAUUCGACGAAGCCAACAUGCUGUAAUUAAUCCUGCUAUCACAAUCAUCCUUCGGCUGGGUGCUGGUGGGCUUGGUGUACCACCUUUGGGAAGUUCCGACGGAAGAGUUAGAUACAAAUUUGCAUCCUUUUGGAAUAGGAACCAUGCUUACAAGACAUUGCAGCGUUCUGCAAAAAACUUCCUUACAAUGCUAGAAGCUGAAAAGAAGGCGCAGGAACUAUCUGAAAUUCGUGCGCAUAGUAGUUCGAAACGGGCAAGUCAGAAGCAGCCUAAAGUUCUUGAAGAAAAUGUAUUCAAGAUUGAUAAGUUUCAACCUUUUGUGAAGGAUGAAGCCCUUGUUAGUAUAUAUAAUGACAACUUUCCUUGCACUGCUGAGCAAUUUUUUAACUUAUUGUUAAGUGAUGACUCAAACUAUAUAAACGAGUACCGUUCAGCUCGGAAGGAUUCUGAAGUUAUUAUUGGGCAGUGGCAUCCGACAGAUGAAUAUGAGGGUUUAGUCAGAGAAUUAACUUUUCGCUCAGUGUGCAAGAGCCCCAUGUGCCCCCCUGAUACAGCGAUGACAGAGUGGCAGCAUGCAGUUUUGUCACCUGAUAAGACAGUAUUGGUGUUUGAAACGGUGCAACAGGCACAUGAUGUCCCAUUUGGGUCCUAUUUUGAGGUACAUUGUAGAUGGCAUCUUGAAACUUGUUCAGAGUCAUCUUCUACCAUACAGAUUAAAGCUGGUGCUCACUUCAAGAAAUGGUGUGUGAUGCAAUCUAAAAUCAAAUCUCGGGCUGUAGAUGAGUAUAAACAAGAGGUGAUCUUGAUGAUAGAGGCAGCUUGCUCUUACAUAAACUCUGGAAAAAACUCCAACUCAGAUGACACUACUCAAAUAACGUCUUCGGUUCCACAAGAAAGUGCGUGAACCAAAGCAAUUCUACUAUACAGUGCUUGGUAGCUUGAUUCAUAGUUUGGGUUUUUUUUUCCACAUUUUGUUUUGAUUGGUUUUAGUAAUAAAUCAUUUGUCUUUUAUUUUGUAGUGUUGUAAGGUCUAUGAAUAGCAUUAUACGUAGAUGUGAAUUCGCCCUGUUUCCUUAGCAACAAAGCUAAGAUGGCGGUGGUGUCGUUUGUAAUACCCUCACUUGUACGUAGAUUGACGAACCGUAAUUUCAUUGUGAUUAGGGAAAGUUUUGUUACAAAUAUGUUGUUUGUUUCUCUUGAGAGAUGAUGGUUAUCUAACAUAAACAAUGUCAAUAUAUAUUUUUUUGUUUUAGGAUCA